AGCCCUAGUUUGAUUGAUAACCAUAUAUAUUAUCAUGAAUGCCGUUGUCGAAAUGUAUUAAAAAUAACUUGUGAAUUAAAAUGGAGUCUGAGAAAUUGAAAAUCAAUGAUCAGGACGAAGGUGUAAUUACUGUCGACGUUGAAAAUAGCAUCUUAGUGGAUUCAGUUACUGCAAUGGCUCAAACACUACUUCCAGCAGAUUUCAUACAGUCCUCAGAGGACUCAAAUGAUGAUGGUGACACAACAAAAUUGACAUUAGCAUAUGAAAGGCUGUAUGAAUUGCCAAGAACUAUAAUUGAAAGAUUCUGCGAUCACAUUAUAUACUUGGAUAUAAGUCACAAUAAAAUAACGAAUCUUGAUGGUCUAGUACAUUUUAAGCAUCUAACAACAUUAAUAGCUGAUGACAAUCCAGUAACUGAGAGCUGCAUGUUACCUCCAAUGCCGAAACUACAAUUAUUGUGGUUAAACCAUUGCAAAAUAUCCUCUCUGUACCCGUGGGUGAGCAAACUCAAAGAAUCCUGUCCAAAUCUCCAGUAUAUAUCUCUAAUGGGCAAUCCAGCGGCACCCAGUUAUUUCAAUGGGGGUACUUUCUAUGAAUAUCUUCAGUACAGGCUGUUCGUGAUAUCACAGUUUCCAUCUCUCUUACACCUCGACGACAGAAAAGUGACAGACGAUCAAAGAGAGGAAGCACACAGGUUGUACAAACGGCCACUUCUCGAGCGGAUUGUGAAGCCAGGAUCCGGAAGCUUGUCUCAACUGAUGACCAGCUCGGUGUCAUGGAGCUCCGUCCAUAAUAAAUUGUCUUCAUUUUGGAAUAAGGAAAAAGAGCAAAGGAGAAAUUUACUUAUUUAGUAAAUUUAUUUGAGGUAGGGAAAUUGCUUUAUGAAGUAAAAUGUAUGAGAAAUGAUAGAAUGUGAGCUUGCCUUAUAAUUUGGAUGAAGGGAAUUGUUUUGUUAUUUGGAAUGAGUAGUUGUGUUGUAGAACACAGUAUUUAUGUAUUUAUAUAACUAGAAGCGGAAUCAAUAAUUUUAAGUCCACCUCACGACUUUCGAGAAGAGAAUAUACUAUUUUAUUUUUUGUUUAAUUGUAUUGGAACAACGAUCAGAAUGAUAUGCAUUUUGAUGUACAACUUUACGUUUAGGUGCGAAAUACAAAUAAAAUACAAUUUAAAGGCAGUAAUUACAGGCACAAGGGACAUUACGUCCCUUCGUCUUAGUUUCCAAGGUUAGUGGAACAUUGGCCAUGUAAGCGAUGGUUAACAUUUUACAAUGCCAAUAUCUAUGGCCUUUGGUGACCAAGUAUCCCAUAUGCUCGUCCGCCUUAUUGUAUAUAAAAAAAAGUUCCAGCACGCAUUUAAGGCAAAGUAAAUCAUUUUAUUAUAUGACUAAAAUAUUUUAAUGGUAUUAUAUUAUGGUAAAACUAAUCUUACGUUUAUCAAAAUAAAAUAAUUCACACAACUAAUACAAAAUUACAAUUAAAAAAGCAAAAUAAAAAUUACUUCAUACUUACCGCCUGACAUCUUGUCCCGUGUCCAUUCGUCUUUCGGAAUUCAAGAUGUUAUACUUAGGUUAUCAAGCCAUCCACGAGCAUGACGGGCGACUGGACGAACAGACAUGAUGAGAAAAUGUAAGCACACAACAAACAAGAGAGCUAAAUUAUUUUUAAAAAAAUUGAGAAUUUUGUAGUUGUACUCCAUAUUUGGCAUGACGAAAUCAUAACAAUUUAUUAUUAGAUUAUAUUAUAAUAUUAAUCAAUCAGUCAGUACAGGGUACUCAAACAAUUGUGACGUGUCGUAAAUAAAAAUAUAUUAUUCCUUCGGUCUUUGAGUAUUGGUUAGCCUCAUACCUGGAUCCGUCUCUCAAUAUUAUAUGCCUCAGUAUCUCAAGAUAGCCUACACGCUAAAGUGGUAACCCCGACGUGAUUUGAACACGCAUUUUCCUGCUAGCACGUAAGUGCAGUCUUGUAUGCGGGGUAUGGGAUAUCUAUCAGACUUUGUUAUGUUGUUUAGACGGCAAUAGUCGCCACAUGGUCGUAAGUCGCCGUUUUGUCUUUAAAACUAUAUGCAACGGACUAUCCCAGCAGUUCUAGAGGGCCUGCAAAUUCCCAUAUCCAUCAUACGCUGAAAUUCGGCCUUCACUUUGACAUAUUUAUCCGAUGGUAAAGGUCGCGGACGUUCAAAGACAGGGGAUCCUGUCGUCUCAAUAUAAUGGACAACGGAAUGGCAUGGAGUCUCUUUGAAACACAUUGGUUUCGUUAUAUUAGGAAACUCUCCUAAUAAGUCACUAUAUUCACUAGAAAAGUCAAUAGUUCUCACUGAUUGCUGAGUAUUUAAUGUCACUGACGCAAUCACACACAAAUUAGUAACUUUGUCUAUUAAUUUCCUUUUGUCAAUAUCCACUAACAACUUAUGAUAACCUAAAAAAUCUCCUAAUAUCGGUUGCUUUACGUCGGCCAUCACAAAAGUCCAACGGUAAGGCCUCCGCAAAUUUUACUGGUGGUAGGGCUUUGUGCAAGCUCGUCUGGGUAGGUACCACCCACUCAUCAGAUAUUCUACCGCAAAACAGCAAUACUUGAUAUUGUUGUGUUCCGGUUUGAAGGGUGAGUGAGCCAGUGUAAUUACAGGCACAAGGGACAUAAAAUCUUAGUUACCAAGGUUGGUGGCGCAUUGGAUAUGUAAGCGAUGGUUGACAUUUCUUACAAUGCCAAUGUCUAAGAGCGUUGGUGACCACUUACCAUCAGGUGGCCCAUAUGCUCGUCCGCCUUCCUUUUCUGUAAAAAAAAAAAAAAAAAAUUAAAAUCGAAAUCUAGUCUUACUACCGUACGUUUUUAUUUCACUACCGUUUGCGGCAUAUAGUUUAUAAUUGUCACAUUUGUUAUCACUAAAUAGUUUCUUAACAUAAGGUAACACGGAAAUGUUCGCACCAGUGUCCACUAAAAAUCUAAGUCCACUCUUACUAUCAGUAACACAAAGGCGGUGAGAAGGAGUGAUGGUGCAUAUCUCCGCCGGCAAUCGCACCACUUCUAGUUUCCCGAAUUCUUGUCUUUUUUCCACGAACACGGCUCUAUACAUUUCUUUGCGCGACUAUGAAACUUGUGAUGAUAAUAACAUAGCCAAUCAGCACUUUCGGGCGUACGGCGUAUUGUAUUACGCUCUCGCGAGACUGAACGGCUUCGUUUUUGUAUACUAUGCUUAAAUUUCUCUGCCUUGACCUUACUCUAAAUAUCACGUAUGCGCAAGCUUAAUUUAGCGAUCUCAGCUAAAAUAAACGCGUUAUCACUCGAACCAGGUCUAGAGGUUUUCAUCACUUUGUCGGCCAUAGCAGCUAAUUUUUCGAGGUCUUUAACUUCACUCACGGCUAAGACAAGUCGAACCGAAGCAGGAAGAUGACCUUGCCACAUGAUGACAAGCGUAUCGUCCGGUAUUUUUCCACGCGCUAGAUCUCUCAUUCGACGCAAAAGCUGUGAAGGCUUUUGAUAGCCUAGAUCCAUUCCGCUAAUUAAUUUUUGGAAUUUGCUAGUUUCCGAUUCCUCAUACACUGCCAACAAUCGGUUUUUCAAAGUUUCGAAUUUCUUUGUCUUCGGUGGACUCAAAAGGAUAUCACUAACUUGCUGAAUGACAUCUUUGCUUAAUUUACUGACGAUGAGGUUAAACUUCGUUUCGUCACUCAGUUUUUGUGGUCCUAAAAUCGCGUCACACUGCACAAACCACAACCACAACCACACUGUACUGACUGAUUGAUUAAUAUUAUAAUAUAAUCUAAUAAUAAAUUGUUAUGAUUUCGUCAUGCCAAAUAUGGAGUACAACUAAUAAGGCGAUAUGCUGACGGCACAUACACAUAUUUAUUUAAAGAUUACGAUUACAAUGUCUAAUCUUUAAGCACAAUUACAGAUUAAGGAAGGGAAUAAAAAAAGUAAUCAUAUUUGGUGAUUAAUGAUUAUUAAUAUGUAAUGUCAAGAUUACUAUUACUUGAUCUUGAUUAGGGCGCGCGAGCUUGUCAUUUAAUUUUUAUUAUUUAUGUUAAUCGCAUACGUUAAUCUUCCGAUAUUAUAAUAUUAUCAGGAUUGUUAUUUGUUAUAUUUUAAUAUAAGUAAAAAUAUAUUAACAAUAUUAUAGUAAAAUUAAGUAAGAACUUUUCGAAAUAUCAAAAUUAACUUUAAGGCUGAUAUUAAUUUUAAUUUGUGAUGUAUUUCUAUGUUUAUACUUUUUAUGUAUUUUU